UAACAGCAUAAACGGAACGAACGAAACAUAUAGCGACAGAGUGAGAAGAGACUGAGCAAGGAGCGCGAGUGUGGAGUGUGGUGAAGCGCUGAGCGCGCGCGCUACGUACGACCAGACCAAAACGAACCAAAAAGCAAGCAACGAGCAAAAGUGAACCAACAAAUUUGACUUUCCGUUUGUUUCCCUUGCGCCUCGCUGCGUCGCUGACAAUUCUCAUAUUUUUUUGUCGGUUGCUUUUUUUUUUUUUUCGGUGGCAAGUUAAGGCAAGAGAAAUUAAUGAAAAAUUAAUAAGGACAAGUGGGGAAGCCAGGCAGCAACAAUAAAACAAAAAAUACAAAAAAGCAACACACACUAAGGCACAGGGCCACAGAGCAAUAACGGCAAGUUUUGGCACACGAUGAUGGAACAAACGUUGCGCAAACAACAAACAACGACAACUCGCAAUCCCAAUCCCAAUCCGAAUCCCAGUACCAAUGCCAACGCAACCGAAGCGCCAAGCAUAUCGGGUGCAUUGGCCAGCAGCAGCUCCUCGUCCUCAUCCUCCACGUCCACCGUCUCGUCGGCCACCUGCUCCGCCAAUGCCAGCAUCGUUGCCAAGCAACGUCCGCCGCCGCUCAAAACGGCAACGACCACCGUCACCACGACCCUGGUUAGCAGCAACGAGGGCGGACAGCCGCUGCCAAUCGGUGCAGCUGGCGGUGCAGCGGUUGGUGCUGCUGGCGGUGCUGCCAGCUAUCGCGGCACUGCUACAUUGACCACGCCCUCAACGCCACGCAUCGAACUGAGCCGCGCCUCCAGUUCGUCCCAUCACGAGGAGGACAGUCGCGAGAGCAGUCCGGAGAACGUGUUCGAGCAGGUCGGCACUGGCACCCUACAGGAAACCAUUGGCCUCGGUUUUCGGGAGGAGGGGGCCUUAGAGUUGCGCAGCUCCACCGAAGAGCUCUUCUUUAUGGAUCCAGAGCAGAAGAAAGAGGAGCAGGAACGCCUGCAGCAACAGCAGCAGCAGCAGCAGCAACAACAACAACAACAGCAGCAGCAACAGGCGAAGCGCACGUCGCCGCACAUCUUCAAGUUCGACGAGCACCAGAGCUAUCUGCAACAGCAUCAGCGCAAGGACUCGGCCAGCUCCGAGGUGGCCGCCCUGCUGUGCAUCUCCGGCCGCACCAGUCGCAUCUCGAGCGUGGGCAGCCAGGGCUCGGCCGUCAGCCGCCUGUCGGCGGUCUCCUGCGUCUCGCGGUCACCGUCGCCGCAUCGCAUGCUGCUGGAGACAUCCUUUUGCGGACCAAAGCCCGUUGAGGGCACGGCAGACGGCGCCGUUAGCACCGGUGGCAGCAAUGCCUCAACAGCGCCCAGCUCCGCCCAGAGCCUGGGCGAGGCGACGCUGGCUGUCGAACAGCUGCUGCUGGCACGCACCAGGCAUGAUCCCACCCAGGCGGUGCUGGCCGAGGGCAUACAGCUGCAGCCGCCCAGCACAGCGGCACGCCGCAACAAGCCCACCAGCCUGGCCAAUGGCAAUGACAGCAUGCCCAGCACCAGCACCAGCACCAACUCAGCCAGGCCCAGCGCCGGCGUCGGAGUCGGCGGUGUCAUGGGCGCCCAACGGCGCAGCACCAAGAGUCCCGGCCAGAUGGUCGUGGGCAAGACGGCAAGCGGCACCGAAUACAUACGCAUCAAUUUGCGUCCGGAUCACAUGUACAGCGACAAGGGCAUUGCGGCUAACGAGCGCGUCGUGGAGGCGCCCAAUCAGCUGGCGCCCGUCUAUUCGAAGAGCUCGCAGUCGCAGUCGAAGCCCGCCUCGCUAAGCCUACAGGGCAGCGGGCUGGACGAGCAUCGUCUAACGCCAACGGCCAGUCCGAAGCCGUCGCGGCAUGUAAUGCGCCUGACCAGUCGCUCACCCUCGCCGGCGGCGCCCGGCUUGGCCUCAGUCUCCCGGAAGAGUUCGUUUAGCUCGCUAUUCCGGCUCGGCAAGGACUCGCCGGAUUCGCCGCGUGAGGCCAGCCGUUCGCGCAGCAAGAGCAAAGAACGUCCAUCGACAGCGAUGGCCCUGACCCACGGCCCCAGCGCCGGCGCCGGCGCCGGACCCGGCACCGGCUCGCAGAAUGUGACGCCCAGCAAACAGAAAUCGGUGCUGGCCAUUUUUAAGCCGGGCAAACGGGGCAGUAGCGCCGGCACCGAUGCCACCAAAAGCUCCAAGAGCUCCUCGCCCAUCGAUUGUGCUGAACCGCCGCCACCGCCGCCGCCAGCGCCCGGCUCCGGCUCCGGCGGACGCAAUCGCACGCCAGCCGGAUCACGGCCCAACAGCCGGCUAAGGUACUAUGAUGAGCCCGUCGAGGGCUACAUACACAUACCGCUGCAUACGCCGCCCGAGGAGCGGGAGGCACGCACUCUACUCCAGGGCAUACAGCAGCUGGUGGCGCCAUCGCCGCCGCCCAUGGAACGGCCGAGAAUCCUUGGUGCCGUCACAUCAGCCACCAUGCCGGCACCAGCUGGUGCCGGUGCGCCCAUCACGGCCAGCCAGCUGGCCGCAGCGGCUGCUGCACUGCGUCCGGUGGGCCAGCGUAAGCCGGAGGUCGCACGGCCACGCGCCGAUCUGGACGCGAUACAAACGCUGCCAUCGCAGGAGGAACUGGAAGCCAGAGAGACGCUGCACUCGGUCAGCGCCGUGUUGAGCGCACGAGCGGCCAAUCUGGGCCAGGUUGCGGAGCACAGAGCCGGAAAUGGUGUGCGCGAAAAUGGACUGGCUGAAAUGCAGCGGCUGCCCUCGGUGGACAGCACGCAGAGCGCCUGCGAGCCGCGUCUGGUGCAGACGGUGGCCACCGUCAAUGCGCCCACGGAGGAUGCCGCCGCCGCCAAGGAGCGGCGGCGUCUGCUGUUCGCAACGAGGCUCGGCUCCGGCAGCCAGGAGCAGCUCUUCUCCACACAGUUCAGCAUCUCGAAGACGGAGAGCCAGUCCAGCCAGCUGUCCGAGCAGGUGCAGCCGCCCGACUCCGGCUCGACGGCCUCCGAUUGCACCACGGACGGACUGCAGCGCCAGGGCACCGUCAUCCGGCGCACGGAUGCCACAGCCCAGCCGACGGCGCCCUCCAGCUCCGAGGAGGAGCAGCCGCCCGCUGCCAUUGUUGUCAGCGCCGCCGUUGUCAUGCGCUCCAAGCACAAGUCCUGCUCCAACUCCGAGGAGGAAGCAGCUCCAGCAACAACAACAACAACUCCGACUCCGACUCCGACUCCGAUUGCACCAGCUGCUGCCCCGGCCGCCGAUGUGCGACAUUCACGCUACCUCGAAAGCUUCGAUGUGCGCAAAAAGUAUCACGAGAACGUGACUGAGAACGUGACUGGGAACGUGACCGGAAGUGUGACGGGAACUGUGCCGCGCAAACCCAAGCGACAGAGCGUGCCGGAAGCGAAGCCAAGCGCCGCCGCAUUGCCAGAGCCAGAGCCGGAACCAGAGCCGGAGCUGAAGACGGAACCGAAGCCGGAGCUAAAGCCUGAGCUGGAGAUGAAGCCCGAGCCGCGGGAGCUGUACGAGCUGGAGGCCUUGUCGCCACCGCCGCCCGGCGAACACUCGGAGCGGCAUUCGACGGACGAGCACGAGCCGAUCGAGUCGUCGGAGAGCGAACGCGACUCGGAUAUGGCGGGCAGCUCGUCGAUGGCGACGGCGGUGCCGAUGGGCGCGGAUGCCAAGCGUCAUCAUUUUCCGCGCAACGUGUGCGUGAUCGAGGAGCACGAGAGCACCGGCCUGGUCUCGCAGGAGUCCUUCGACGACGAGCUGCCGUAUGUGCCAACCACGCUGCCCGAGGAGCGGGCCCAGGGCGUGCCGCUAAUCCCGAUGAAGGAGCGCGCCAACAUGGAGCUCAAAACCUGUCCCGUUGAUCGACCGCGCUCGACCACACCGCUGAAUCCCUCCCAUUUGGAGGAGUACUGCACGGGCAUUAUGACGCCACAGGAGCCGCCGCAUGCUGGCCACGAGCUGGAUCCGGGCUAUGCCGGGCCCGUGCGCGGCGAGAAGCUGCGUAUUAGCCUGCCGCGCAAGGACACGGCCGUCAAGGACAAGGCACAAAGCACAAAGUCACCGCGCCGCAUCUCAAAUGCCAGCGGCAAGUCCUGGUUCGAGUUCGCCGAGGAGGGUCUGCGCGCCAAUCACAAUCUGGAGCGCAAGGAUUCCAACAAACAGCUGCUCCCGGCCACACCACCUGCCCAGGGCCAGGGCCAGUGCCAGAGCCAGAGCCAAGCGCCUAGCAUGCCCGCCAGUCUGGAGGAGCCCAAGCCAAAGGCAUCGACACAGCGCAAGCUCUCCGGCCACUGGAUUGACUUUGAGAACAUACCCGAGAAACGUAAGACGGCCAAGCGCAUCACCACGCUGCCCAAGGAGACAAUAACCACCACAACCACAACGGCCAUAACGAGCGCAUCCUCGGCCUCCGGCUGUGCCAGCGCACAUCGCAGCUCGUCCGGCCAUCCGCAUGCCCAUCAUGGCCACGGCCAUGGCCAUCACCAUCAUCAUCAUCAGCAGCAGCAGCAGCAGCCGCCGCGCCAGGAUGCGGCAUCUGGGGACAAGCUGCACUACAAUUAUGUCAAGCCAGAGGACUGCCAGUGCGAGUGCCACGAGGCGGAGCGUGGCGAAUCCUCAGCAGCCACAGCCACAACAACCACCAACACGGCCGACAAGGACAAGGAUGUUAGCACCGGGACGGGUACGGGCACGGGCACGGGCAGCGAUUCGCUGGCUUCCGUUGAGCUGCUGCAGCAGGGCGAGGAUAUGUUGCCGCUGCUCGAGCCCGAAGCAUCCGCGGAGACCAGAGUCUACACGAAUGAGCCGCUGCCACCGCCAGCCCGUCACGGCAGCAAGAGCACAGGUCAAAGGAUGGAGGAGUUUCCACGUCGCGACGCUGCAUCCAGUUCCAGAAAUCGCAAGUUUCCCGAUAGAAAGGUAGCUAAAAAAUUCGUUCAAUAAGCUAAAGGCCAACAAAAAAAAAAAAAAACAAAAACAAAAACAAAAAGUCCUUGGCUCGGAUAUCCUUAAUGUAUGUACCUCAAGCAGUGCGGUUGUUACAAGCAAAACAAAGUGAAACAAAAAAGAAAAAGUCGAGAAAACAGAAAAAAAAAAACAAAACAAAAGAAGAAAACCCAGAACAAAUUGAACGGACAUCAUCGAUCUUCAGAUGAAACGAGUAUAUCCUUUCGAUUCUAUUAGCUAAAUAUAUAUACACUUACCUACGAUUACUCGAAUGCAUAUACAAAAAAAAAAAACAAAAACAAAAAGACAAACAAAAAAAACAAAAGUAAGCAAAAUAAAUGAUUAUACUUAUAUAGGAUAACUUUUUGAUAGCAGCAA